AUGAAGAAAAAGAUCAGUGGAUGGGUACCUCCUCCUUUGCCAAUAGCCAAGAGACCAAAAAAUGAGCCACAACUUGGUCUUAGUAAGGGAGAUAAAGAUCUUGCACGUGAAGCUUUAAAGAGGCGUAAAUCUUAUGAUGAGAAUGCAGCUUCUUUGAGGACUCAACUUGAUCAACAGAAAGGUGUUGUGGAUAAUCUUGUGAAUAACACUCGGAUUCUAGAAAGCAAGAUACAAGAGGCUAAGUCAAAGAAAGAUACUCUCAAAGCACUUGCACAAUCUGCAAAAACUGCAACAAAAGUAAGUGAAAUGUUGGGGAAUGUGAAUACAAGCAGUGCUCUUUCAACAUUUGAGAAGAUGGAAGAAAAAGUUAUGACUAUGGAGUCUCAGGCAGAAGCUCUUAAUCAGCUAACUACUGAUGAUCUUGAAGGAAAUUUUGCAAUGCUGGAGAGCUCAUCAGUUGAUGAUGAUCUUGCAAGCUUAAAGAAUGAGCUAUCUGGAAAAGUCUUUUACUUUCAAAAUGUCCAAACUAAUCUACAAUCUCUACUUGUAGAUGGAGCUUAUAUCGAAAAUGCGAAAUCCCUUUAUUGUGGAGUAUAAAGAUUCGUUGGUUGAAAAGCUUUGGCUUCUGGUCUUGCAAUUGCUUCUCCAACAGAACAAAGAACUCAAAAUUUCACAGUUGAGGUUUUGGGACGAUUUGAUCAUUGAGUUGGAAUCGGGAAGACUGCUACACUGCUUCAUUGCGUUUCUUGACACGAAUUCAGGUUCUCUUUACUUCUUUUAUAUUUUGUAACUUCAAAUGUGUAUAAUAUUUUAUUUCUUACUUCUAUUUGAAGUGAUAAACUUCUUUUGUUUCAACUGUUGAUAUUAUUCUGUCUUCUAUCUAAAUUGAUCACUCUUCUUAUUCUUUAUCUCAAAUAAUACAUGUAUAUAAUUUGUAUAUAUGUGUGUAUGUA